UUUCCGGUCAGCCAUUUGUAAACAAUCAGUUGCCAUUGAAUUUGUUCGGUCAAUUUACCAGUUGUAGGCGUUGUGCUUCAAUCGACAUGUGGCAGUAUUUAUUGGCACAUGCAGCUUAUCAUGGCGUUAGAUGGUUUCCACAAGGAAACCGAUGGAAAAUGGCUUUACUCAUGCAGUUCUUAAGUGGCGGCGCUGUGCUUGGACAGAUCUUCGUGUUGUGGUAUUUUGAGAGAGUUUCCCGAUAUUGCGAGCAACCAUUACUUCCACUAGAAGUCGCCUCUGUGAUUCUUUCAAUAUUCACAUUAGGAUUUACAGUGGUAUUCUGUGUGCUGAUACCAGUUACGAGAGCUAUCAAGAUUGUCUUCCACAUUUUCGGCGUUGGCUGUUUCGUUAUUGGCGUCUGGCAGAUCUACUCAGUUGUCAUGAGUUAUGAAACAUGCUCUGUGACCACGCCAGAGCUGUACUUCCUCUCACAGAUUUCUGCAAUCAUGUCAGGGGUUGCCAUCUUGGUGGUUGUUGUGAUGCUGCCGUUCUGGCUCCUCAACGCCUGCAAGCGUGGCAUUGUCCUUGACCCUUACAGCCGCACAGGGAUCUGCUAUGAGCCUGCCAAAUGCUGCACCUGUCUCUGGCAUAUCUAGCGUGGACAGCCAAGAACUGAGUGUUAUUGGAUACGUUGAUGUUUCUGUUUUAAACAAUCAUCACUUUUAACGCAUUGAUUAUGUCUAGAAACUCAUAAAAUAUUUCAAAGUGCUGAUACUGUCCCUGCAAGUGUAGGGUGUACAGCUAAAAAUUAUGUGAUAUUUGUAACGAUGACAUGUUUAAUAUUCUUAAAUUGUUCUCCCAUGAUAAUGUUCUAUAAACUUAUAAAAUCAUUCAAAGUGCUGAUACUGUCUCCUGCAUUUUUUGUGUUUUGUUAGUCCAGGAAGAGUAAUAUUACACGGGCCCAUAUACACAAACAGUGUUUUUUCACUGUUUUGGGAAAGGGGCCGGUGCCCUUUUGCAUUCUGAAUUUGAGUCGUUUUGACUAACAUUGGAAAUGUUGUGGGUUUUUUUUAGCUAAAAAUACUAUAAAAUUGAGAAUAAAAAUGUUUUCAAUAUUUCCUUUACGAAGCUUAUACUAUUGUAAGGGAUCGAGAAAAAUAAAAAAUCUUAUAAAAUUUUUUUUCUUUUUUUGGAAAAAUUUCAAUAGAGCAUUGUAGCCAGUUGUUUGGGAUAAUACAUGUGUACAUACUAUUUGGGAUAGGAAAUGGGGCUGAACUUCAACCCCAAAAUGUACAGAAAAAAAAAUCACUGACAAAGCUUAUAUCAUGGCGUGGCCCUGUUAGCCAAGGAAAGUGAUAUAUUUUGUGAUGUAUAUAUAUUACAUUUGAAUAUGAUAUAUUUGCAUAUUAGAGAUCUAGUGAUCACUGCAUUUUCUUGUUAUUUGUUUGUCAUGUUUUAAUGUUACUGUAGUAUAUUUUCCUUUAAUGUUAAUUUCAUAUAUUUUGAAAUAAGACUAAUCAUGUUUUUAUUUUCCAUUUCAAUAGUUUAUUUUUAACACCCUUUAUAUAUCACUUAAAACAUUUCAUACUAGUAUAAUAUAUAAGCCACACUCUGUGAAAACAGGGUUUAAUGCUUGUGUAUAGUGUUGUUCUAAACUAGCCUGUGCAGUCUGCACAGGCUAAACUGGGACGACAGUUUACGCACAUGCAUUAAACUCCCUUGUCACACAGCACGGUAAAAAUGGUUUAUUAUUGCUUGUCUACGAAUUUUGUCAUAUUCAGUUGUUGCCGUCCAUACAAUAUCUAUCAUAGUAUUAAGGGAAUUAAAAAAGUAUUUUCUAUGUUAUAGAAAAUGUUUAUUAUCCCCCAGCAUAGGCGGAAGGAUAUUGUUUUGGCGUUGUCCGUCCAUUCUGAGCAAUAUCUUUGGCGGAUUUCAUUGAAAAACUUGGUAUGAGUAUAUAUAUGGAUAAUAGGAUGAUGCACGCCAAAUGGCAUUGUACACCAUCUGAUAAUAACAGUUAUGGCCCUUUGUAUCUUGAAAAAAUGGUUUUUGUGUGUCCAGAGCCAUAUCUUGGAAGUGCUUUGGCGGAUUUCAUUGAAACUUGGUAUGAGUGUCCAGAAGCAUAUUGGAGGGGGAUAUCAAUUCAACGAAUUUGCUUGUUAUACCCCCACAAACGAUGUUUAGGGGGGUAUAUAGGAGUGAACUUGUCGGUCGGUUGGUCGGUCUGUCUGUCGGUCCGUAUUAAGUGUCCGCUCUCUAAUUCAAGUAGUUUUCAUCCGAUCUUCACUAAACUUGGUCAGAAGUUGUAUCUACAUGAUGACUAGGCCAAGUUCGAACAUGAGCCUUGCCGGGUCAAAAACUAGGUCACGGGGUCACUUAGUGCGUUUUUAACAUUCAGCAUGUUGUCCGCUCUCUCAUUCAAGUAGUUUUCAUCCGAUCUUCACCAAACUUGGUCAGAAGUUGUAUCUACAUGAUGUCUAGGCUAAGUUCGAACAUGGGCCUUGCCGGGUCAAAAACUAGGUCACGGGGUCACUUAGUGUGUUUUAAACAUUCAACAUGUUUUCCGCUCUCUAAUUCAAGUAGUUUUCAUCUGAUCUUCACCAAACUUGGUCAGAAGUUUUAUCUACAUGAUGUCUAGGCCAAGUUCGAACAUGGGCCUUAAUUGCGGGGUCAAAAACUAUGUCACGAGGUCACUUUGUGCGUUUUUUAACAUUCAGCAUGUUGUCCGCUCUCUUAUUCAAGUAGUUUUCAUCCGAUCUUCACCAAACUUGGUCAGAAGUUUUAUCUAGAUGAUCUGAAGGCCAAGUUCGAACAUGGGCCAUGCCAGAUCAAAAACUACUUCACAGGGUCACUUAAUACGUUUUACACAUUGAGCAUGGUGUCGGCUCUCUAUUUCAAGUAGUUUAAAUCCGAUCUUCACCAAACUUGGUCAGAAGUUGUAACUAGAUGAUGUGUAGGUCAAGUUCGAACAUGAGCCAUGUCGGGUCAAAAACUAGGUCACGGGGUCACUUAGUGUGUUUUAAACCAUCACAAUGUUGUCCGCUCUCUAAUUCAAGUAGCUUCUAUCCAAUCUUCACCAAACAUGGUCAGAAGUUGUAUCUAGAUGAUGUCUAGGUCAAGUUUGAAUAUGGGUCAUACCGGGUCAAAAACUAGGUCACAGGGUAUCUUAGUGCGUUUUAAACCUCACCAUGUUGUCCGCUGUCUAAUUCAAGUAGUUUUCAUCCAAUCCUCACCAAACUUGGUCACAAGUUUUAUCUAAAUGAUCUCUAGAACAAGUUUGAACAUGGGCCAUUCCGGGACUAAAACAAGGUCUUGGGGUCACUUAGUGCGUUUUUUAACAUUCAGCAUGGUGUUCGCUCUUCAAUUCAAGUAGUUUACAUCCGAUCUUCACCAAACUUUGUCAGAAGUUUUAUGGAGAUGAUGUUAAGGCCAAGUUAGAACAUUGGCCUUUCUGGGUCAAAAACUAGGUCAAGGGGUCACUUAGUGCGUUUUAAAAAUUGAGAAUGGUGUCCGCUGUUUUUUGUGAAGACGACAUGCAAAAUAUUAUGUGUCCAUGCGGCAUGUGGGGGUAUUUGUCACGUCUGUGACAAAGCUCUGGUUAUAAUUAAGUUGAAGAUGCAUUUAUUGUUUUGCAUGUGAAGAUCCUUACAGAUAAUGAGAAUUUAUUUAUUAAUGAAAAUAUCCAUACAUGAUUGUAGUUGGCUAAUUGGCAUGGAUGAAAUUGGUUUCCAAAAUAUGAAAAAUCUAUAAAUAUUGUAUAUUGUCGAACAUAUUCAUACACAAUUUAAGAUUCAGAAGUAUUUUAUGUAAAAAUAUAAUGUAAUAUUUUCUAGAAUUUAAAGUCUAGAUUAAAUUUUGUUUAGUUAACCAUGAUUAACUGGUAUCUUAUUUUAUAUUUUCUGCAUUUAAUGUAAUUCCAAUAUAGUAAUAUCGUAUGGAUACCAAUUAAUGCUUUUUCAUUUUUUAACAAUAGAACAUUUUGCCAAGUAUAUAUUAGCAAAAUAUCCUAUUGCACACUUAACAUAUAUUUAUUAUUAUUGUUAAAUAUUGUUUAUUCAAAUAUACAAUGUAGUUCUCAUAAAAGUACUGGGUAUAGAUGUCAGCCUUAUGUGAAAGCCUUCACUGAUGUUUUUUAACCCUUACAGUGCUGGAACCGAAUUUUGAAGGUCUUUGCAAACAGUUUGGAUCCAGAUGAGACGCCACGUUCUGUGGCGUCUCAUCUGGAUCCAAUCUGUUUGCUAUUCUUUGAAAAAAAUCGAAGAAAAUGCUAAUUUUAGAAAUUCAGCAGACGACAUUUUAGCAGACUACAAAUAUCCCAGCAUGCAAAGGCUUAACCUUCAAAUAAAAAGACUGCAAUUAGGCAUUGUACAGAAGACCUGCCUUUGUCCUGCAUGAGACUUUAACACAACCCCAAAUUUGUGAAUUAAAACAAUUCUAUUUUAUCAUAUUUUUUUCACAAAGUUUUGAUUAUUUGGUAAAUUGUUUUGUGAUGUGUACGUUAUUGAGUGUAAAUGUGAGCAAUGUUGAAUGUGCAUGAACAUUUGUGUUAAGAAAAUUAGGUACUGUGUUUAAAAAGUUUGUAUCGUGUAUGCAAAGUUGUAUGUAUGCAAGAAGCCAGUAUUGAUGCAAGACUUUCAAGUGCCAAAAAGUACAUAGCAUACUUAUAGAUUUCAAAUUUUGAUUUAGUUAUCAAAUAUUUUUACAUAGUAAGGUAUUUAGUUGCUAAUAAGAUGGAAAUAUGUGUAAUUAGUUCAAAAUAAUUUUAACUAAGUUGCCUAUUGAUUGUUUUAAUGAAACUUUGCAAUCUCUAAUCUUUUUAAAAAUAUUUGGUAAAUACAGUAAUAAAAUUUGAGUCACUUUUAUUGGGGUGUGCAUUUGAGUGAUAAUUAUUAAGAGAAUAAUAUUUUAUUCAAUAAUAAUUUUACAUAACACAGUAGAUUUAGGAGAACUGUAUUGUAUACCGGUAACUCGUAGUGAUCUAGAAAUCUGUUUGAACGACUUCAGCUGGUCUGAAUAAAUUUACUGUAGUAAUUUGUAUUUCGCACUGUGUGAAUGUUUACUGUUUGUUAAUAACAUAGUUUUCUUAUUAAAUAAAAAUUAAUUCUUUUAAUAUUU